AUGAGUGGAUACGAUAGUGCUUUAUCCAUUUUCUCGUAUGUACCACCACACGCCGCCAAUUGAAUUGGGGUCUAGGCCAUUUUCUUCACCACCGCCACCACCACCACUGGAUUUCCUCCACCGCUAUGAGCAUAAAAAAAUUGGAUAUACUAACGAUAUUGAUUUUUUUUUUUUUUUGCAGGCCAGAUGGACAUGUUUUCCAAGUCGAGUACGCAUCGGAAGCAGUGAAGAGAGGAACGUGCGCCGUUGGAGUCAAGGGCAGCGACGUUGUAGUUCUCGGAUGCGAAAGAAGAACAACAUUAAAGCUACAAGAUCCACGAACUACCCCAUCCAAGAUCCAGAAAAUCGAUCACCAUAUCCUCCUUGCCUUUGCGGGGCUCAAUGCUGAUGCUCGUAUCCUCAUAGAUAAAGCCCGCGUUGAAGCGCAAUCGCAUAGACUAAAUUUAGAAGAUGCUGUCAGCGUCGACUAUCUAACGAAAUACGUGGCUGGUGUCCAGCAACAGUAUACGCAAUCUGGCGGAACGAGACCUUUCGGGAUCGCGACGUUGAUUGCCGGGUUCGAUGCGUUGGACACGGUGCCCAAGUUGUACCAGACUGAGCCAUCGGGCGUUUUUAAUGCGUGGAAAGCGCACUCGAUUGGAAGAUCGGCAAAAACGGUCAAUGAGUUUUUGGAAAAGCAAUGGAAAGAUGGCUUGUCGGAAAGCGAAACUGUGAAGUUGACUGUCAAGUCGUUGUUGGAAGUUGUUCAGACUGGAGCCAAGAAUAUCGAAAUCAGCGUUAUGAAAGCUGGCGGCGUGAUUGAAAAGUUGACCAUUGAGGAGAUUAAGAAGUACGUUGAUGAAAUUGAGUCUGAAAAGGAGGCCGAGGCGGAGAAGAAGAAACCCAAGUCAAAGGAUUAG